GCCUCGCGCUCUCUCUGCGCUUGCGCCGCGUUGACUCCCCGAGAGACCCGGCUCCCACCGUUCCCGGAUCGCGGCGCAGACACAGGCACGGACACGGGCAGCGCCAGGGGCUGCCGGGGACCCGCUGGGGGCGCGCGACCGCGGCAUGGGCUCGUGAGGGCCCCGCCCCGCCCCUCCCCUGAGCGAGCGGGACAGAGCAGCCCCGCGGGGAGCCCGGCCCCGCCGCACGGGCUCAACUUGGAGGCGGCUCUGUAUUAACCCUGGUGGAACCACUUCCCAAAAGACACAAUGAUAGUGGUGACUGGAGUCAUGUCAGCGCCCGAGCUGGGUUCCACUGCCACCACCCCAGUUGCAGCCCCAAACUUCUCCUGGAUGUCGUCUGACGGCAGCCCCACUGCUAUGGAGCAGCCGAUAUUCCUAAUGACCACUGCUGCUCAGGCCAUUUCAGGUUUCUUUGUGUGGACAGCUUUGCUCAUCACCUGCCAUCAGAUCUACAUGCAUCUGCGCUGUUACAGCUGCCCCAAUGAGCAGCGCUACAUUGUCCGGAUCCUCUUCAUUGUGCCCAUUUACGCCUUCGACUCAUGGCUCAGCCUCCUUUUCUUCACCAAUGACCAGUACUAUGUUUACUUUGGCACUGUGCGGGACUGCUAUGAAGCCUUUGUAAUCUACAACUUCCUCAGCCUCUGCUAUGAGUAUCUCGGGGGGGAGAGCUCCAUCAUGUCUGAGAUCAGAGGGAAAUCCAUCGAGUCCAGUUGCAUGUAUGGGACUUGCUGCCUGUGGGGGAAGACGUAUUCCAUUGGAUUCCUGAGGUUCUGCAAACAGGCCACCCUGCAGUUCUGUGUGGUGAAGCCCCUUAUGGCAAUCAGCACAGUCAUCCUCCAGGCCUUUGGCAAGUACCGGGACGGUGACUUCGAUGUCACCCGCGGCUACCUCUAUGUGACGAUCAUCUACAAUAUUUCAGUCAGCCUGGCGCUCUACGCCCUCUUCCUCUUCUACUUUGCCACACGCGAGCUGCUCAGCCCCUACAGCCCCGUUCUCAAGUUCUUCAUGGUCAAGUCCGUCAUCUUCCUGUCCUUCUGGCAAGGGAUGCUGUUGGCUAUUCUUGAGAAGUGUGGUGCCAUUCCCAAGAUCCAUUCGGCCAACGUGUCUGUGGGUGAAGGUACUGUGGCCGCUGGCUACCAGGACUUCAUCAUCUGCGUGGAGAUGUUCUUCGCAGCCCUCGCCCUGCGCCAUGCCUUCACCUAUAAGGUCUAUGCAGACAAGCGUCUUGACGCACAAGGUCGCUGCGCCCCCAUGAAGAGCAUCUCCAGCAGCCUCAAGGAGACCAUGAACCCUCAUGACAUUGUCCAAGACGCUAUCCACAACUUCUCCCCCGCCUACCAGCAGUACACCCAGCAGUCAACGCUGGAGCAUGGCCCGCCCUGGCGCAACGGCAGCCACAUCAUUUCGCGCUCCCACAGCUGCUCGGGUGCCCGGGACAAUGAGAAGACCCUCCUGCUGAGCUCCGACGACGAGUUCUAAUAGAGGCCCCCUCCCCAGAGUUUCUCCCUGAGGCCACUGGCUGGAACAACCCCAGCGCAGCCUGGAACCUUCCUUUUAUUUAUUGAAUCAGAAGUCAUGUCACUUCCUGAAUGGUGCUCUGUGCAGAAUUGGGCACUUCCCAGUAGCUUUUGUGGGUGUGAGUGUCAUGACUCGGGGGUGGGGGAGUUGGCUGGGAUUUCAUUCUCUCAAACCAUUUUCUAAAGCAAAGAUCAACUGGACCAGGUUUUUUCCCCUUCACAAAUAGACGUUUAAAAAGCAUCAAACACACGUGGUGAAGGGGAAGCAGAGCCCUAGGAAAGAGUGGACCCUGUUUUCGUUUUCUUUUUUGUGGAGUUGUGGGAGGGGUGUGAGGUCAUAUCCUCCCACCACCGGGCAAGUUUUAUGAAACAUGAUUGGCUGGAAUAAGAAGUGGCCAAAAAAGCUUGCAUUCUAGCUGAACAACUAAAUUACUUUGUGCUCCAUUUUCCGUAGUAGUUGAUGAGGACACAACCUGCCCCCUUUGUUCCCCUCUCUACCAGCUCCUCAAUAUUAAUUUCUCUGUACCCUUUGGGCAGUGCGAUAGAGACACACUUGUACGAAUUCCUGAUGACCGUAUCAGACCAUCAGUCCUAUCUGCUUCUCUGUUCUCUGUGGCCACAGUUGGAGGCCUGAGAAGGGAACCCCUCCCAUCCCCUAGUGCACCUGAUUAUGCAAUAUUGUACUUUUAGAGGUGUGGGUGGAGAGAGAGAGAUUUCCUCCUGACCCCCGCUGGUGAUCGAGUAAAGUCCUGCAGGGUGGGCUGAUUUGAACCAUUUUUUCUCUUUGUGGGUGAGGGGUUUUACGAUCACAUGGAUGGUCAGCUUCCCAUCUCUCUCCUGCAUUAUAGAAGCAGGAUUCCUCCUUGGAGUGUCUGGCUGUCCCUACUAGUGAAGUUAAAUACUUGUGGUUAGAAGUUAAUAUAUAUUCAUUUGCAGAAUUCUGGCCCUUCAUUUCCUCCUCUUGGAUUUCUGUGCAGUGGGGACAUUUUAACUCUGAACAGUCUCUCUCUUAGAUACAGCUCUGGAAGGGAGAGAUGGGGUAUCUUCCAGUUACAUUUCAGAACAUGCACCUUCCCCGCUCUUCUUACAGAUAGCCUUCUGCCAAUCUUGUCCAUUGAUCUGCCUUGUGAAUUGAAGGCAUGUUGCUGCUAGGAUGGGAUGUUAAAUACUCCCUCCUCAUCUUCCUCUUUGUUGUUCAGGGCUUAACUGGGCUGGUUGGAGUUGUUUACACAUUGCAGCCAGUCUGUCAUGUCCCAUGAUCCCCCCCCCAGGGUGGAGCUGCCACUGCACAUGCUAUAAUCCCUGUCGUAACUGAUGCAGUAAAGUCUUGAGCCAAAGGACACUGAAGUCAAUGAGAUUCUUUCCAUUAACUUCAGUGGGCUGUGAAUCUGGCCUUAGAGGCCCAGCAGAGUGAGGAUAAAAAAUCCCCCGGAAGAGCCAAAAAUCUUGCCAGGCACCAAGAAAUGCAUCUUAUUGGACUUCCCUGCUGCUGUGGUUACAUGUGCCACCAAAAGGGAACUGAAACCAGGAGGUUGAUAUUAAGCUGCUGCUUUCUGCCCAGCUGGGCCUCUGUUCAUUCCUUCCCCCAUCACUAGGACCAGUUCUAAGCUGCUAUUAUGGCUUAAGGCCCCUUGGCUAGUUGGGGUCAGCAAGCACCCGCUCUGUCACAGUGUGUCUAGCCCCUCAGCUGGAGAGGCCUGAUGGGAGGAGCUAGGGCUUGACUUCUUUUGCAUGUGGCUUCCCUUUCUCGUCUGUGCCUUAAUUUUCACAAGCAAAGAUCCCAGCAGCACCCUCAGAAAUUACCUAUUCAGAGGCCUGUCUGGUUGGGGGAGGAUGGAUGGUGGCUAGAGGUGAGCCCAUUUCUCCUUGGGAUGUCAGUGCGGGGUGUUUUGCGCUUCACUUUUUGCUAUUGAGAAUAUGCUAGAGGAGAGGUGAGUCCAUUCAGUGCAACACCACCUGCUCCCCUACCUCAAAGCUGCCAAAGGGCCUGGGGACAAUGUGGGGUGGGAGAUGGGAGCAGGACGUCUAAAAGCAAAUGGGCUUCUGUAACUACUGGGUUCCCCUCACCCUCUAGUCUCAUGCAAUAUAGUGUGCUGCUUUUUUUUUUUUUUUUUUUAAAUCAGUCAUUGCUAAACUGAAACAAAACACCCACUAAUUAUCAGGCCUUUCUCCACCUGCAAUCCUACUGUGACGCAGGGCUGAAGUUCACGUGGGCCUUCCUUCCACCGACCUUUGUUUCACAACCACCCCUCUUCUCUCUCGUUACUUAUUUUAUAUUAACUCUUUUUUUUGGGUGCACACGUCCCCUCCUCUGUUUCUGCGGGGCUGUCCAGUCCCAGUAUUUCCAGCUGCCACGUGUCCCCAACCCCCCAUCCCAUUUUAAUUUAUUUGUGGGGAGUCUCUUGAUGUCCCUCCCUUGGGUCAAGGGAGAUGGCUGAAGUUUGGAGUGGCCUGGGGCAGUGCCCUUGACCCUGAGAUGUUCCAGCUUUGGGGACGGGUGGUGUUUUAUUUUAAAGCGGAUGCUGCAUAUGCUGUGUGUAGGAUCUGGAUAUUCUUGAAGUUUCCUGUGCUUAGUGGUUUAAAGUAUAACCCUUUUGGCACUAGCCGCCUUUGGAAAAACAAAGAAAUAUGGUAGACACUAGAGCCGCGUCACACCCAGCUGCCAUAUACCUGUUUUUAGCACCAUACGAAAACCUCUCUGCAAAGCUUGCUGCUCUCCUUCAGGACGGGCAAGUGCCGGAAGGUGACGAUGACUGGCUGGCUAAUAAGAAACAAACAGUAAAACUCAGUGCUGGAGGUUUAGGCUAAUUGGCCCAGUGAUCACAUGUACCUAGCUAAUGGUAGCCCAGAACCCUAGCAUCCAGGCCAGUCCCACCAGUAGGCCGUCAAUGCUGUCCUCUCCCUCUCCUGCUCUCUCUCUCCCCUUCCCUUUUUUACCAUGUAACAUACCCAUGGAAUUUGUUUUAUUAUUUUUCCAUAUAGAGUAGUUCUUUGUAUAUAAAUGACUGGAAAAAAAUGUAUGAUAAAUAAGACAGAGUCACCUAGUUUUGUACUUAUCGUGUAUAACUGAUGUGAGCUCAGCAACAAGCCGCUCUCUAUUUUGGUCUUUGUGAUGUUAUAAUACUCUGCAGAAACAAGCAAAUACAAUGACAAAUAAAAAUAUAUAGAUAAUAUAGAUUGUA